UUCCCUGUUAGGUCCUCUCACUAUUUCUAGAAAAAAUUCACUCGUUUGAAAUUUGAUGUUAGGGGAAUACGAGUAAGAAAUAUCAUACCGGAAGGAAUGGAUACACAAGAAAUAGUGAAUUCUGACCAGUCAGACGACGGCAUGAGUUUGCAUUCUGGUGAAGUAUUGAAUGCGUUAACAAAAUCUUUCUGGAGUAAAAUCAGUGACUGCCAAAAUGAAGAAACUGUCUCACAAGAAAUCCCUAGUAUGAUGAUGUCUGGUAAACAGGAAUGUAUUACCAGUAGUAUGAACAGUGCAGAAGAUAUGACUAUGGUAGAAACAAACAGAGUUAAACUGGACCAGAUGUCACUGUGUCACAAUGGGGAUGUCACUAUGAACAUUCAGAACUCAGAUAAUUUGAACAAACAUGGAAAUAAGCAAGAAAGCUCUGCUGUCAUCAAGGAACACCCAGAAGAUCUUGACGAGGAAUCCAAUGACUCCCAAAGCACUGUUUUCUCCCUUUGUGUGAGAAGUUACAGCACUGCAACACUCAAAGAUGUGGAGAUCAUUCCUAAUGCUUCUGUGGUUUCAAGUUUUAGUCCUUACCUACCAAAUCCACCAUCUCUAUGUAAAAAAUGUGAAGACAAACAGAUAAGGGAGCAUGAUGUGGAAAGUGAUGAUGAAACUGUCUUGGACUUUGAGGAAUCAUUUUUUCCCCACUCACAACCACCAGUUUUAUCACAUGAAACCAUUCCUGUACCAGGGACUUCUCAGCCAAUUGAAGAUGUAGAAAGCGAUGUCUGUGAACUUGACAUAAGCCAAAGUUUGCUUGAACCUAAAAAUUAUUCGCCUAUCCAAACUUCUCGACCAUCCAGCCAGAUAGCAAGAGAUUACACAUUUGAGGAAUUCAGCUAG